CGCCUGAUACAGCACGACGUUCAGCUAUGGAAUACACAUUGACUUACCCAUCUAUAGGAUGAUCAGCAAUCGCUCCCAAUCCAUUCCGAUUGACACAGUGCCAGUAGUAGCCCAGUUGGCUAUAGAAUGUUUGACAGAGGACAGAGGAGAUGACCGUCGCCAGAGGAGGACCUGCUGCGGCUGUUUGGAGUCAAUAUUCAACUGGAUUCCGGUGUUCUUCAUAGUCUGCCUCAUAGUCUAUUCGUACUACGUAUAUGUGUGGCACUUGUGUGUGCAGAACAUGAAGCAGCACUCGGCUAUCGUCUUGGGUGUGUUCCUCUUCUGGUAUCACCUGCUGCUGCUGAUGUUCCUCUGGAGCUACUGGAGCAGCAUGUGGGCGAAGGUCAUGCCAAUUCCGGCUGAGUGGAGCAUACCCGACGCGGACUGGACGCGUCUGAGCAGAGCCAACGGCCUUGAGGAGAGGAGGCACAUUCUGAGCCACGUAGCUCUCAGAUUGCCCAUCACGAUGUGCGAUCAGAACGGUGUCGUGCGAUACUGUGGCCACUGCCGCAUCAUCAAGCCGGAUCGGGCCCACCACUGCCGGACCUGUCAGCGCUGCAUCCUCAAGAUGGACCACCACUGUCCCUGGGUGAACAACUGUGUGCACUUCCACAACUACAAGUUCUUCCUGCUGUUCCUGAUCUACGCCUCGCUCUACUGCCUGUACGCCCUAGUGACCCUGCUGCUCGAGCUCCACCAUGCCUGGGAUUUUGACUUUGACAACUUGGACCUGAACUCGCUGCAGACCAUGAUCCCAAUCGUCCUUGGCAUGAUUUUCACCGGCGUCACUGUGAUUAUGCUGGGCCUCCACAUCUACCUUUUGCUCUUGAACCGCACCACCAUGGAGUCGGCUCAUGCUCCUAUGUUCUGCAUUGGUGGCCGCACCAGGAAAGCCUUCAACCUGGGCUGCUGCGCCAACCUGUGCGAGGUGUUCGGCGAUAGAUGGUACCUAUGGCCACUGCCCGUCUACAGCAGCCGCGGCGACGGCCUCACCUUUCCCACACGGGAAGGCUCCGUUAGUUCUGCCCGUUCUUCUGAUUUCUAAUACGAGUAUCAGCCGGGGAAGCUCCAUCAAUAUCUUAAUUUACGAUUCAUUGGCAGCAAGUGCAUCUGCCACCACACCACACCACACCAGCCCAGAGCAGUGCAGAGCAGUGCAGUGCAGUCCCGCUGAGUGGCCACCAUCGAUAAAUCCUCCUCCACACGCUCCGCAUUCCUUUGCAGUACAAUUUCCACACAUUUCCACAUUUGCCACAGAGAUCGCAGUCGUUUAUAAAACGCUUAACAUUCGUGACAUAUUUCGCAUUUGGCUGCGCGUCGGGCACAGAAAUUUAUAGACUUUAUCCAUUAGGAAAACAAUUACGAGUGCAAACAAUGGCCAGCGUCCACUAUAUCGGGCUCCGCUCCGCGGGAUGGAAAGAAGGACUCCCUGGCCGGAGGCACAGCCAGAAGCAUUGAGCAUAUGUUGAGAUUGUCGCGUUGCCAGUUCAUUGUCCUGCCGAAGGAGCCACAACCACUGCCCAGAGUCGAGUAGAGUGGGGGAGAGAAAAAACUUUAUAUAUUUUCUUAUUAUUCCGCCACAGAAUAUGCGGCGAGUGGUGGACACGCGAUGGGGUGCUGGGGGAGGUGUCAGUGCUGGUGGCAGUGGCGUUGGCGUUGGCGUUGGCGACUUCUUGACUGCUGCAACACAAAUCCAAUUACCUUCAAAAUAAUAAACUUAUGUACAUACCAAAAAGGAAGGAAUGCCAUCCCCAAUCCCAGCCCCUG